GUCUUCUCUCUUCCCCUCCUCCACGCCCUUCCCAGAAUGCGCUUCCAGACCCGCGGGAAACCAAAAUGGCGCCUGUGUGAACGGAGUUGUAAGUGGGAUUGAGUGAAGAGGCAGUGCAGUGGUUUCGAAUACAGGGAGGGGGUCAGCCGUCCUGAAAUCCGUAUGUUUAGAGUAAAACAAAGGGCGAUUUUGGAACAGCGUCCGAAUGAGGUCUAACAGGUUGCAGGGGCUUCGUUUUCUGCUCAUGCAGUCGAGGGGAGGGAAGACGAGGAAGCCAUAGGGAGUUUACCAUCUCGAAGCUUCUCUUUAUCGUAGAAAUCGCGUUGAUGAUGCUAUUUUCCUGAUGGACAAAGACACUACGGGAGCAGGUAACUCAUCUCUCCACAAGCGAUCUCCCUCCCGUCGAAACCAGAAGACACCAGUGUCCUCUGUUCGAUUGUCAUUGCGGGAUGGAUCAAAAGGAAAAAAACCUGUAUGCAAGUUUGAGGAAGGCCAGGAUGUCCUAGCCAGGUGGUCAGAUGGCUUAUUUUACCUUGGAACUGUCAUAAAGGUGAACAAACAGAAAGAGAGCUGCUUUGUCAUCUUUGAAGACAGUUCAAAGUCCUGGGUCUUGUGGAAAGACAUACAGACUGGAGCCAGUGGAAGUGGAGAGAUGGUUUGCACAAUAUGCCAAGAGGAAUACUCUGAAGUACCCAAUGAAAUGGUUAUUUGUGACAAAUGUGGACAAGGUUAUCAUCAGAAAUGUCACAUGCCUAACAUAGAUUCCAGUGUGAUUGCGUCAGAUGCCAAGUGGCUGUGUCGCCAGUGUGUCUUUGCUACUACUACAAAGAGGGGUGGUGCUCUUAAGAAGGGACCAAAUGCUAAAGCUCUGCAAGUCAUGAAGCAGACAUUGCCAUACCAGUUGGAAGACCUUCAGUGGGAUGUAGGCCACAAAACAAAUCAUGAGCAGUGUUACUGUUACUGUGGAGGCCCUGGAGACUGGUACCUGAAAAUGCUGCAGUGCUGGAGGUGUAAACAGUGGUUCCAUGAAGCCUGUAUACAAUGCUUACAGAAGCCUAUGCUUUAUGGAGACAGGUUUUAUUUAUUUAUUUGUUCCGUUUGCAAUGCUGGACCGGAAUACCUCAAACGUCUACCUUUACGUUGGGUUGACAUAGCACACUUAAGCCUUUACAAUUUAAGUGUUAUUCAUAAAAAGAAGUACUUUGAUUCUGAGCUUGAAUUGAUGAAUUACAUUAAUGAAAAUUGGGACAAACUGCAACCUGGUGAGCUUGUAGAUACUCUAAAAUCGGAUCGAUACGAUUAUGUUCUAGAAGCCCUAAAUGAGAACAAAUGCAUGUUUAUGUCUGGCAAAGAAAUAAAGAAGAAGAAACAUUUAUUUGGAUUGCGAAUUCGUGUACCUCCGAUUCCUCCCAAUGGUGCAAUGAAGACUGAAGAAAGCACUGUGGAUGUUUCUCAUGAAUUUAAAAUUAAGGGAAGAAAAUCUAGUAAAUCUACACCUGUAUCUACACCCGUUGCUGCAAAAAGUCCUUUAAAUAAUGACAUAGAAAAAAAAGUCAAGAAAAAGUCAUCUGUUGAACCUUCUGAACAAUAUACAAAAUUGAAGGUCAAAAGAAUCACUGAUUCAACGACUGUAGAAAAUGAGAAAAGCAACCAAAGCCACUGUGAUAUUCAGGACCAAUCUACAAUGCUGGAUACUCUUGCCUUGGAUCUUCCUGGUCCCAAAAGGAGACUCGUUGAGAAAACUGCACAAUCUUUGAAUACCUCUGAUGUAGAAUCCACUGGUGCGGCCAGCACCACAGAAACUACCUCAACUAGUCUGUGUAGACAGUCCAGCCUUUCUGGUCCAAGAAGGAAAACUCGUACUGUUAGAUCUUGGCCAUUAACAUUGCAACGUUUGAAAAAAAGAAGAGGCCAUACUCAACCUAGAAAUUUUCAGGCUCAGACAUCAGAAAGUGGAAAUGAUAAUGAUGAAAAAGAUAAUUGCCAGUAUGAAGGACUUGAUACAGAAGUCAUCAAUGAUCAGGACAUGCACCUGAAUCAUUUAAAAUCAUCAAUUACUAACUAUUUUGGUGCUGCUGGUAGACUUGCCUGUGGCGAAAAGUAUCGAAUCUUGGCUCGUCGAGUGACUCUGGAUGGCAAAGUGCAGUACCUUGUGGAAUGGGAAGGAAUAACUGCAUCUUGAUCCCUGUAAUAAAGUUUCUUUUAGAAGCUUAGUUUAUCUUGUGAACUCUUGAACCUUUGAAGCUGAUCUGCAGACAGUCAUUACGGUCCUAAUGUGUUUCAGCUUCAUGCGUAUUUCUAAAUUUUAUUCCUAUGCAACUGAACUUUAAACCCUGGGAAUGGGUGACUUUGAGUAACUAUUGAUUAGCCAUAAACUUCAAUUUUUUCAGGAACCAUCUGCAAUAUUUUACGGUGUCUUUUUCCACUCAGGCUUAUCUCUUAAGAAUUUUGGUGCUACUGCUUACAACUGUGUACUUAAACAAUACCUGCAGGGAUUAAUUAUUCUGUAGGUCAGUCUGUACCAAAAUGAAGUUAUGUAAUUUUUUAAUAUUGUCAGUAGCUUUGGUAGAUGUUCAAAUUUUCGUGUUGAAUUCACAGGGUGAGGAGUAUUGCCUUUUGAUGUAGCUGUACUGUACCUGGCAAUUUUGUACCUUAAUGAUUACACUGAUACCUCUGGAAUUUUUAAAAAUGUAACCCAGGAUUGUUUUUAAAACUAGCCAUUUUUUUGUAAUGCUAGUAUGAGCAAAUGUUAGUUAUUGCCAUUUGUUUCUAAAGAAUUUGAAAUGGGCUGGUUUAGCCAAAGAAUAAAACUCUCAUAUUAAGUAA